CUUUGUCUUUACAUUAAUUUUCAAUUGGCAAUAAAAGCUAUCUGCACUGAGUUUGCUUUCUUUAAAUAAUUCAUUGAGAAGUGUGGGUGUCUUGUUUUUCCAGGGCAGUUGAGCUAUAGGAUCCAAGGACUAAGAUCACGUUUGCUUCUAGUUCCCAGGACCAAAUUUCAAGGCUUCAUAGCUUCUUUUAACAACAGGUUGGUUUAUUACAUCCCUUCAUGGCAUGACAAUUCACUUGCCACACUGCACAAACGCCGGAAUAGGAUCACCGGAGAGUCACUGAAAAUCUGCUGUUUUUUCUCUUGAGACUAUGACAACUCAAGAAUGAGGAAUGGCAUUAAUUUUCUGAGAAGAAAAACCAGCUGCUACGCCUAAAUCUGCUGUAAGCAUAUUUUGAUCAUUCACAAGUUCGAGAAAGAACUAUGAAUGAGUUUGGUGCUGAAAGAUCAAGUCCAUGGAACAUAUACACAGGUUCGGAUCCGAGUCCAUCUCAAACAGUAGUUGAUAAGGAAACUCCGGGGAAAAGCUUCGGAACAUCCAUGAAUGCCAUUUCUUUUGGCUUUGUUGCUACAGCCAUCUUGAUAUCAAUGUUCCUUAUCAUGGCCAUCUUUGAACACCUUUUUCGUCCAAAUCCUGCUUUUUCUUCACCUGAUCAAGUUACGGAUGGUGCUCUAGCAUCUGGAGAAGUUGAAAAACUUGGGAAUCCACAAAGAGAAUCAACAUCAUAUGCAUCUGAUUUCUCAGUAGUGAUGCCAGGAGAGCAAUAUCCUACCUAUAUUGCUCAACCUGCUCCCCUACCUUGCCCAAGGGAAGGCAUCUAUUGGCCCCCCCAUGAACAUAAUUUUGUAUUUCCUUAAGUGUACAAAUGCACAAAGCAUCAUCG